UUCUUUUUUAAAUAGUAGAAAUGUUAUCAAGGUCCGUGAGAGCAGAAACCCGUAGCAGGGCCAAAGAAGAUAUAAAAAGAGUAAUAACUGCAAUAGAUAAAGUCAGGAAAUGGGAGAAAAGAUGGGUUACAAUUGGAGACACAACAAUGAGAAUAUAUAAAUGGGUUCCAGUUUCUGCAUCAGAACCAUUACCUCCUAAUGCUGUAAGGAAAAGUUUGAAAGUAAGAUCAAACAUAAAAAAGAAAACACGAUCUGGACAUGACACCGAGGCAUCUCAGGGAAGUGAUAUUAGCAAAGUCAAUGUGAAUGAAAACAGUUCUUCCCAGCAAGUUUACACUGACGAAAACACACAGCAGUCUCAACCAGACUCUCUCUGCAGUGAUCAAGUGAGCAAUAUGAAUGAAGAUUCCUACCAGUCAUUUCCUGACAACAGUAACACAGGAUUCUCCCAGUCACAGGACACAGACAGCAAUCAAACUGACAUGAGGAUUGCUAUGAGAAUGAUCAAAGAUGAUAGAAAGAAGAUUUCAGAGGAUACAAAUGAUUCAGAGCCACCCAUGCUAGAGAGAGAACAAGAUGAUCCACCCACAAAAAAAUUAAAAACAGAUACUUAAUUCUAGGAGGAAAUAUUUAAAUGAUAUUUGUUUUUUGUAAGGUUCAUAUCCAUAUGUCUGACGUUGGUAUAUUUUUUAUUCAUGUUGUCAUACAUCACUUAUAGAGACAGUGAAAGGGAAAAGUCUUGGGGAAAUAAAGAAUUAUCCUGCCAAGUUCCAGGAAAAUGUGUUCAAAAUAAAAGUGUUUAUUUGUGA